CGUGCGUGCGCGUGCAUGCGGGUGGGGGCGUCGUGCGUGCGCGCGCCGGCGGCCCAGAAAGCGGCGCUCGGAGCCUGAGGCGGCGGUGGUUAGGCGGCUCCCCGGCGGCUUCUCCGCGGCGGUGACGGCGCCCGCGCUUCCCGCUCCCCGCUCCCCGCGCUCCUCCGCCCGGGCCCGCCAGCCGAGGCCGCUCCGCAGCGCCGGAAGAUGCCCGCCGUGUCCAAGGGGGAUGGGAUGCGGGGCCUGGCGGUCUUCAUCUCGGAUAUCCGCAACUGCAAAAGUAAAGAAGCAGAAAUAAAGAGGAUAAACAAGGAACUGGCAAAUAUCAGAUCAAAAUUUAAAGGUGACAAGGCUCUUGAUGGCUAUAGUAAAAAGAAGUAUGUCUGCAAGUUGCUCUUCAUCUUUCUCCUUGGUCAUGACAUUGACUUUGGACACAUGGAGGCCGUCAACCUGCUGAGUUCAAACAGAUACACCGAAAAGCAGAUCGGCUACCUCUUCAUCUCCGUGCUGGUGAACUCCAACAGCGAGCUCAUCCGCCUCAUCAACAAUGCCAUCAAGAACGACCUGGCCAGCCGCAACCCCACCUUCAUGGGCCUGGCCCUGCACUGCAUCGCCAGCGUGGGCAGCCGGGAGAUGGCCGAGGCCUUCGCCGGGGAGAUCCCCAAGGUCCUGGUGGCCGGAGACACCAUGGACAGCGUGAAGCAGAGCGCGGCCCUGUGCUUGCUGCGCCUGUACCGGACGUCCCCCGACCUUGUCCCCAUGGGCGACUGGACAUCUCGGGUGGUGCACCUGCUCAACGACCAGCACUUGGGUGUGGUGACUGCAGCCACGAGUCUGAUCACCACUUUAGCACAGAAGAACCCAGAGGAGUUUAAAACCUCCGUGUCUCUGGCCGUCUCUAGGCUAAGCAGAAUCGUGACGUCCGCGUCAACAGAUCUUCAGGAUUACACUUACUAUUUUGUCCCGGCUCCCUGGCUGUCUGUCAAACUGCUGAGGCUGCUGCAGUGCUACCCACCCCCAGAAGACCCCGCAGUUCGAGGCCGCCUGACGGAGUGCCUGGAGACCAUCCUGAACAAAGCCCAGGAACCGCCCAAGUCGAAGAAGGUGCAGCACUCCAACGCCAAGAACGCCGUGCUCUUCGAGGCCAUCAGCUUAAUCAUUCACCACGACAGUGAGCCGAACCUGCUCGUCCGCGCCUGCAACCAGCUGGGCCAGUUCCUGCAGCACCGGGAAACCAACCUGCGCUACCUGGCCCUGGAGAGCAUGUGCACGCUGGCCAGCUCUGAGUUCUCCCACGAGGCCGUCAAGACGCACAUCGAGACAGUCAUCAAUGCCCUGAAGACCGAGCGGGACGUGAGCGUGCGGCAGCGGGCCGUGGACCUCCUCUACGCUAUGUGCGACCGCAGCAAUGCCCCACAGAUCGUGGCCGAGAUGCUGAGCUAUCUGGAGACGGCCGACUACUCCAUUCGAGAAGAGAUUGUGCUGAAGGUCGCCAUCCUGGCCGAGAAGUACGCGGUGGACUACACCUGGUACGUGGACACCAUCUUGAACUUGAUCCGAAUCGCCGGCGAUUACGUGAGUGAAGAGGUGUGGUACCGAGUCAUUCAGAUCGUCAUCAACCGGGACGACGUGCAGGGCUACGCAGCCAAGACCGUGUUCGAGGCUCUUCAGGCUCCUGCGUGCCACGAGAACCUGGUCAAAGUGGGCGGCUACAUCCUGGGGGAGUUUGGAAACCUGAUAGCCGGAGACCCGAGAUCCAGCCCGCUGAUCCAGUUCAACCUGCUACACUCCAAGUUCCACCUGUGCAGCGUCCCCACCCGCGCACUGCUCCUGUCCACCUACAUCAAGUUUGUGAACCUCUUUCCGGAGGUGAAGCCCACCAUCCAGGAUGUGCUUCGCAGCGACAGCCAGCUGCGGAACGCGGAUGUGGAGCUGCAGCAGCGCGCUGUGGAGUACCUGCGGCUCAGCACCGUGGCCAGCACCGACAUCCUGGCAACCGUGCUGGAGGAGAUGCCUCCGUUCCCGGAGCGGGAGUCCUCCAUCCUGGCCAAGCUCAAGAAGAAGAAGGGCCCCAGCACUGUGACAGACCUGGAGGACACCAAGCGGGAGAGGAGUGUUGAUGUGAACGGGGGCCCCGAGCCUGCCCCGGCCAGCACCAGCGCUGUGUCUACGCCUUCUCCGUCGGCAGACCUGCUGGGUCUGGGGGCCGCCCCCCCGGCCCCUGCGGGCCCCCCACCCUCCUCCGGCAGCGGCGGGCUGCUCGUGGACGUGUUCUCAGACUCGGCCUCUGCGGUCGCGCCUCUCGCUCCUGGCUCCGAAGACAACUUUGCCAGGUUUGUUUGUAAAAACAAUGGUGUGUUGUUUGAAAACCAGCUGCUUCAAAUUGGACUUAAGUCUGAAUUUCGGCAGAAUUUAGGUCGGAUGUUUAUCUUUUAUGGGAAUAAGACCUCCACGCAGUUCCUGAAUUUUACCCCAACACUCAUCUGCUCAGACGACCUUCAGCCUCACCUGAACCUGCAGACCAAGCCUGUGGACCCGACCGUGGAGGGGGGCGCACAGGUGCAGCAGGUGGUCAACAUAGAGUGCGUGUCCGACUUCACGGAGGCGCCGGUCCUCAGCAUUCAGUUCAGGUAUGGGGGCACCUUCCAGAAUGUUUCCGUGCAGCUGCCCAUCACGCUCAACAAGUUCUUCCAGCCCACAGAAAUGGCUUCUCAGGAUUUCUUUCAACGUUGGAAGCAGUUGAGCAAUCCACAACAGGAAGUUCAGAACAUCUUCAAGGCGAAGCACCCCAUGGACACAGAGGUCACCAAAGCCAAGAUCAUAGGAUUCGGUUCUGCACUUCUAGAAGAAGUUGAUCCCAAUCCUGCGAAUUUCGUGGGAGCUGGAAUCAUACACACGAAAACCACUCAGAUUGGAUGCCUGCUGCGCCUGGAGCCGAACCUGCAAGCCCAGAUGUACCGGCUCACGCUGCGGACGAGUAAGGAAGCCGUUUCCCAGAGAUUAUGUGAAUUGCUGUCGGCGCAGUUCUAGUGGCGAGGAGGGAAGGCCAGGCUCGUGUGUCUUGCGUUUCCUUCGUCUGUGCUGUCUGUCUUCCUGGCCAUCAUGCAGAUCGGCGCCCCGUGUCCAGUGUCAUAGCACGUGGCGCCUCCCCGCCCCGCUGCUCCGGACCCCUCCCCUCUGGGCUGGACAGGAACACGCGUGUGUGGCUCAGGAGAAAAGCUCAGCCUGGACUGAGUGGCAGCCACGGCAGAAGGUGGAUUUUGGGAUCAGUUUUUAUAAAAAUCAAGACAGUUCUGUGGUUAAAUCUACAAAUUAAAGGGAAAUUAGAA